AUGUCCUCGGGACAUCGCCAACCGCCCAGUGUCGCCGAGCGUCGCGCUAGACGCGAGGCCACCCGCAGAGAGUUCUUCACCCCCGCCGUCCAGGCUAAUCGUUAUGCUGUCCAAAAAGUCAUCGGCGAGGGGGCGUACGGCGUUGUCGUCUGCGCCUUGGACAAAGUUACCAAUGAGAGAGUCGCUGUCAAGCGUAUUAAGCGUGUCCUUGACUCCUCGGGUAUGGCCACUCGCAUUCUCAGAGAACUAAAGUUUCUCCGCUUUCUCCACUCUCAUGAGAAUAUUAUAGCAGUCAAAGACGUCCUCAUCCCGGGCGAGAGGGACAAAUUUAAUGAUGUUUUCGUAGUCUUUGAACUCAUGCCUACAGACCUCGGCCGCUUGCUCAGGAGUAAGACAGUGCUUUUCGAAAAGCAUGCCAAGUUUUUCAUGUUUCAACUCCUCAGAGGCGUCAACUUCAUGCACUCAGCGAGGGUCUUCCAUCGCGAUCUAAACCCGAACAACAUUCUCGUCAAUGCCGAAUGCCAGCUUCGCAUCUGUGACUUUGGUCUUGCCCGCGCCGCCUUUCAACGCGGCGAUGAUCCUGUCUUUUGGACAGAUUACGUCGCCACCAGGUGGUACAGAGCCCCCGAACUCAUCCUCGCCCAAUCCUCAAAGUAUUCAACGGCUAUCGAUAUGUGGUCCGUCGGAUGCAUCUUUGCCGAAAUUCUCGGAAAAGGCAAACCCCUCUUUCCAGGCGCUAACGCAAAGGAACAGUUCUCCCUGAUUCUCAACGUAACGGGAAAGCCAUCCCGUCAAGUCAUCGCCCGCUUAGGAGAUCGCAGACUCGCAGACUAUAUGGAUUCUGUUCCCAACCGUCCCCCAGCCUCACUAGCUGACAUGUACAAAGGUGCUUCCCCCGGCGCCAUUAGCUUAUUACAAAGGUUACUAACCUUUGAUCCAGAUCAGCGAAUAACCGCUCUCGACGCCCUCGAACUCCCGUACUUCGACGACCUGCGCCAUUUCGGCUACGGCCAGCAAACUCAAGCACUCGAUGAAAGAGACUUUCAGUUUGAGCGAAGGCUUUUCACUGCCAACGAAAUGAGAGUGGAAUUUAUCAAAGAGAUUGCUGCCCACCAUCCAGAGGCAGUUGAAGAAUUACUCGGAGGACCGGCUGCUCGGGCUGGUGGUGGUUACCGUUUCAUGGGCCCAAGUCAAGCCGAACAAUUCAGGCAGGACAUGGAUAACAACGACCUCCAAAACGGAAGCAAAUUCAGGACACUUUCAACAGAUACUUUCGCCGCAAUCAACCCAGAGGAACAGCCACAAGCCGGCACGCUCAACUUCAAGAGCAGCACGAUGGGUGAAGCAGAGCUUUCAAAAUACGGGGGAGCCCCGGAUCACCAUGCGAGCAGUUUCGCCAAUCACGCUCACCUUUCAGGUGGUGCGGGUUACCAGCCACCUCAAGGUCCAGGAUCAGGCAAGGACCGGCCGAUGAAUCCUGAUAUGAUGUCGGGCAUUGAGCCCGCUGCCAAUGCCAACGGAAGCGGCAAUGGAGCGUACGUGGGUGCACGAUAGUGAAACGGUAUGAAAGAGGAAAUCAGCUCACGACAUCAGUUAUUUUAGUAUCUAGUGCCGUGCUCCAUCUGUGAAGGACAAGUAUCGUCAGCUUGGUUUUUCGAUGCCACAGCUGAUACCGAAGGCAUAGUGCCACUUACGACAAAGAUGCUCUCAAGGCUGACAAGGUAGCACGUAGCAGCCACGGCGAAGUGCUGAAUUGAGAAAGAUGCCCGUCCUUGAGGCGUGACACAACUGUAUGAGGCUACUGUAAAUCUGUGGUGCGACUGCAAUUCAUCCUGAGCACGGCAAGCAUACCAUGGCCGUCAACGAGCACGCUCUCUUUGAAGCACAUGCGGAAGAGCUGAAAAGUUGCAGUCAUGCAUGUUGGUUAUGGUGAUGCGAGCGUAUCGUGUUCGAAUGAAGGGUAUUGUACCGAGGGACAAGGCUGAGAUGCGUCUUGUGGCCGUACCCCUUUCAUUCUGGAGUGACGACACGACACAGGAAUCUCUGACAUUCUCGCACUCUGCAACUAGACAUGCUUUGAUUCAUUUAGUAUAUGGGACUCUUGUUUCGUGAUGCGACUUCGAAAAUACAUUGACCGGCUUUUACGUCA